AUGUCUGCUGCCGCCGAGAACCAAGCCGACAACCAGGCCCCUACCACCACCGAGGCCACCAACGGUACUGCUCCUGCUCCGGCUCAGGCCACCGAUGCUGCAGCGGUCAGUGCCGAUGAGGGACGUCGGCUGUAUAUUGGGAACCUCGCUUACGCGACCACUGAGGGGGAGCUCAAGGAGUUCUUCAAGAACUACAAGAUCGAAAGCACCUCCAUUCCUGUGAAUCCCCGCACUAACCGCCCUGUCGGCUAUGCGUUUGUGGAUCUCGCCACUGCUCACGAGGCCACUGCUGCUAUCGAGGAACUCUCCGGAAAGGAGAUCCUUCAGCGCAAGGUCUCUGUUCAGUUGGCCCGCAAGCCAGAGCCUGCCGAGGCUAAGGCGGAGGGUGCUACAAGUGGCGGUGAGGGCGCCAGUGGCACUGAAGGCCGCAAGCGGGCAGGUGGUCGUGCCCGUGGUCGUGGUCGCGGCCGUGGCCGUGGAGGUCGCUUCGGUCGUGGAGGUCGCAACCAACAGAACGGUCCCGCUACUACUGAGGCUCCUACCAACGUUCCCGGUCAGGUUGACCCUCUGACCGAGGUCGCCGACGAGGCUACUAAUGCCGGUGCUGCCGAGUCCGCUAAGCAGACUGGCAAGCCUCGUGCUCCUCGUCCUCAGAAGCAGCGUGGCCCCCCCGAGGAUGGCAUCCCUUCCAAGACCAAGGUCAUGGUAGCUAACCUGCCCUAUGAUCUGACCGAGGACAAGCUCAAGGAAAUCUUUGCCGAUUACCAGCCUGUUUCCGCCAAGAUUGCCCUGCGCCCGAUUCCUCGUUUCAUGAUCAAGAAGCUCCAGGCCCGCAACGAGCGUCGUAAAGGUCGUGGCUUUGGUUUCGUCACUCUCGGCUCUGAGGAGCUCCAGGAGAAGGCCGUUCAGGAGAUGAAUGGCAAGGAGAUUGAGGGUCGUGAGAUUGCCGUCAAGGUCGCCAUCGACAGCCCCGGCAAGGAGGAUGACGCCGUCCCCACCGGUGAGCAGACUGAGGCUGCCGCUCCUGCUGCUGAGGAGCAGGAGAACACUCCCCCAGCUGCUGCUUAA